AUGCCCUGGAAGUUUGCUCCGGACGCUGACAUCUCAGCCGUCAAAGCGGAGAUCAAGGAUGAAGAUGAGCCUCGGCCUCCACCCUUUCCGCCAGCCCACGUAAAGGCGGAGCCUGUUGGCACGGCUGAUGUGACGGCAGCGCCACCAGCAACAGGUGGCGUCGAGGGAGAGGUCGACGAGAUGCCGAGACCGCCGCGCUUUGCGCCGGGAGAGCGGAGGCCGCCUCCUCGAAUUGGUGAUGACAGCGAUGAGGAGCAAGUCGACGAAGCGGCAGUGGCUGCUGCGGCAUCUCAAGGACCUGCUGCAUGCGCAGUGGAGCUUGCAAGGCUCGUCUUCAGCCGGGGCCGAAAAGCCGGAGAUCAGACGGCGCAGCGUGUGGCCACGCAGCGAUAUGCGGAGAAGGUAUCUUCUCGGCCUCGCUUCCCGCGCGAGCUCUACAUCCUGCGAGGACUUCCAGGCAUUGGCAAGACCGAGUACGCCAUGGAAAGACUGCUGGAGAUGAGGCCGCUGGACCGCGGGGAGGAGCAAGCUGCACGCUUCACUCAUGUCUGCUGCGUGGACGACUUCUUGGAGACGUUCCGAGGCCAGUCCUUCAAGCUUGAGGCAGCGCACCGGCGAAACGAGGCCCGAGCACUCCUGGCCAUGGAGGCCGGCAUCCACCCGGUCUUCAUCGACUCAUCGAACCUGCGCCUGUGGGAGAUGCGCCCGUAUCUCCUGCUAGCCGAACGCCUUGGCUACGUGGUUCACUUCGUGGAGCCAUGGGAGAUUUGCGCAAAGCGGCUGGACGGCGAAAGCACAGGUUUGAAGGAGUGUGAUUUCAGUAUUUAG